UGGUUAAUCAUAAUAAUAGGUCCAAAUAAUUACGUAUUUUUUGUAUUGUGUAUACCAGAUUCCAAAACACAAACACGAAUCGAAAUCAAAAUCUCACCUGAAAACACAGAAUAGAAGCUGAAGACAAGAGAGGGGAAAAGUUGCAGACUUCAGUUUGCGAUCUUUUUGAUCUUGACGUUGGUUGGUUGGUUGGUUCGAUCGCAAUUUCCUUCUUUCGCAUACUGAUCGAUCUUUCUUCCUUUUCACUCUGCAACGGCCAUUUCCAUGCUUCGUCACCCAUGAAAAACCCUCCCGUCGCUGUUCCUCGCCUCCGCAAGAAGUCCCCAAGAAAGCCCAAGCUCGUCUGCAGCUGCGGCGGCUCCUUCCAGCCCCGCCCCCCCAAUGGCAACCUCCGCUACGUCGGCGGCGAGACUCGCGUGGUCUCCGUCGACCGCGACAUUGGCUUCUCCAGGCUCAGGUCCAAGAUCGCCCAUAUCUGGCCCCACCUUCCCUCUUUCUCCAUCAUGUACCAGCUCCCGCUGCGCAAUGCCGCCGCGGCCACGUCAUUAGUCUCCGUGGCGUCGGACGCUGACGUGGCCCGCAUGAUCGACGUGUACGACAAGCUCGAGGCGUACGGUACGUUGCCCUGCAGGCUCUGGGUGUUUGUUUUCAGGGAGGAAAGAGACCAACUCGGUGGCGGGUUUGUUCCUAUUCCUACUAAUGAGUUUGGACGUUUCGAGAAGGGUGAUCGGUCUGACGAUUUUUGUCCUACGUAUGGGACGAGUUUCGGAAUCGAGGGGCAAUUCAGUAGUUCGGUUAGGGAUAAUUCAAUCGUGGUAACAUCGCGGUACUCCAUCGAUCCUCCGAGGAACACGGAGUUAAAGCAGCAGGUUUACAAAGUGAAUGCUUUAUAUCACGGAGCACCUGUUUGCAAUCAGCCUAGCCGUGACAGAAUUCGUAAUUCACAUCUCCCUCAUCCUUCGACUCUGAGGGAUGUAAAUCUGGAAGUGGAAGCUAAUGGUUCCUCGCACAUUCCAUUGGAGCAAUCUAGUUAUCGGCUGAGCAGGGGAAAUAGGACCAGCUUUGGAGGCUCAAUUCAGGCUGCUAAUCCAGUGAAUGAUCUGAAGCAACCAUUUGGUUCAGGAGCUAUUUUCACUGGUACUGAAGUGCAGCUGGCGAGCCUUGUGAACCAGGAGAACCUCGUGCCAAGAAGUAUUAAUCACGGUUCAACCACUAGCAACUUAGAUAAUAAUCAUUCUGCCAUGAGUGUAGUUCCUCCAAAAUCAUCGGGGAGUAGUAUCCAUUGCCAUAGGUUGAGACAUCAGCGGGCUUGUCCCUACCAACGGACCAGCAGAACCAAUGGUAUUCUUUCUGCGGCUAAAAGUUACCCAGUGCUCAAGCCCAAUGGCAACAUCUCGAAGCAUGGACAGUCCAUGCAAGUGGCCUCUCCACGGUUUUAUAACCGUCAAUCUGAUGGAAACUCGAAGGCUACAAGCUCUAGCAUAAAUGCUCUGGAUCCCUGCAUCGUUUACCAAAGCCUCCAUCAAAAUCUUACUCUAAACUGCGAGUCCAGUUGUUGGGAUAGUGGCAAAAAACUAAUCCCGAUCAACCAGCAAGGGAAGAUCAAGCUUGCCCGAGGAGCUAGAGGGGCUGGCUUGUCGAGCAAUAAGAAUGAAACUGUGUCUCCAGUGGACUUAUCAUUCUGUCACUUGUCACUUUCAUCGUCCAGACCUUGCCUGACUGAUGUGUCCAAUGCCCAGAUGAAGCCAGAGACCAAGUCGAUAGAUUUAAUGGAGUUGAGCACAGCCCGAAAAUUCGAUGAAUUACUAGGAGUGAAAUCUGAUUCUCAUUCCUCAGAUACUCCUGAAACUGCAAGAGAAUCCCGUGUAGUUGACGCAAAGUCUGUGAUCAGAGGAAGCUGCAAGUAUUCCAAUGCUUUUUGUGGAAUCCCUGCUGAUUUGGCUGCAUUUUAUACGCAUCUAGUUGCAAGAGAGUUGCAGACUAUUAAAGCUUCUGACCUGGAAUACUUGAAAGAGCUUGGAUCGGGCACUUAUGGAACAGUAUAUUAUGGGAAAUGGAAGGGAUCUGAUGUUGCAAUAAAGAAGUUAAAGGCUAGCUGCUUCACAAACGCUCCUGCUGAUGAAGAUCGCUUGGUUGCUGACUUCUGGAAGGAAGCUCAUAUACUGGGGCAGCUUCAUCACCCGAAUAUAGUUGCCUUCUACGGUGUUGUUACAGAUGGGCCCAUCACAAACUUGGCCACGGUCACAGAAUACAUGGUCAAUGGAUCCCUCAAACAAGUUCUUCGCCGAAAGGACAGGACAAUCGAUCGGCGGAAGAGGCUGAUCAUAGCAAGGGAUGCGGCCUUCGGGAUGGAGUAUCUACAUGGGAAAAAUAUUGUUCACUUCGACCUGAAAUCCCAUAAUUUUCUAGUAAAUAUGAGGGAUCCCCAGCGGCCGGUUUGCAAGAUUGGUGAUCUUGGCUUGUCGAAAAUCAAACAGAGGACACUCGUCUCUGGUGGAGUACGAGGUACAAUACCAUGGAUGGCUCCCGAACUCUUUAAUAGUAAGAGCAACAUGGUCACUGAGAAGAUCGAUGUCUACUCUUUUGGCAUAGUUAUGUGGGAACUUUUGACUGGUGAGGAACCGUAUGAGAACCUGCGGUCAGAAGAAAUCAUCGCUGGUAUCAUAAAUGGGAACCUGAGACCCAACAUCCCAAGCUGGUGCGAUCCCGUUUGGAGAUCACUGAUGGAGAGGUGCUGGUCAUCGGAUCCCGAGUCGAGGCCGUCCUUCUCGGAGGUUGCAAAGGAGCUGCGCACCAUGUCUGCAGCCAUGAACAUAAAAUGACAGAAACACGUGGAAUAUGUUUUGUCCUUAGAUAAAUUUAAGGAGCGACCGGAGUAGAACAGGGCAUGUUGAGACGUAGAGUAGCAUUUUGCCGUCCACUGAUCUGCUCUUUCUGAUCAUAGUCUACAGAUAUUGUUAGUUGAGCCAUAUGUUUUUAUUGAAGAGUGCUGUUAAUUGAGACCUCAUUGUCAGCCAGAGGAUGUAAAUGCAGCGUAAUCCGAUGAACAGUAGUAAUGGAGUAUCAGUGCUUUGGAAUUCCUUGCUAUUGAUCAUAAGACAACCCUAUAUUCGUGAAA